CACGUGUAGAAAUGGGGAACUGACUGCUCAGCACACACAUGUUGCGAUUGGGACACCUGCAGCAAGUCUCUGCCAGGGUGGGUCGGGGCUGGCGUAGCCUGGCACCUCCCCUGCUGCAGCCGGAAGGGAGUCUCAGCGAGUCCGCGGGGAGAAUAAAUCCAAUUGCCGCCUUCCUUGCUUGCAUUGCGACAUUGCUCCAGGGAACGUCCAGAACCUGAGCUCUCCUCCAAGUGUCCCUCCUUUGGCGGGACCUCGGUGUGGAAUCGCUGCCCUGCGCCUGGCACGGUGUGCACAGGGCUUUGGUGAAGUUGGUUUGCAUUUGUCCAGAAGGCAAUGGAUCAUGCCAGAGCAGCAAUCUCUAACUUGUUUAGUGGUGAGCCAACAUCAUACACACGCUUCAGCAUUGCCCGGCAAACGGAUGGAGACAACAGCCACGUGGAGAUGAACCUGGCUGCUGAUGAGGAGGAAGGAGGGGAAAUUGGGAGACCAGACCACCUGCAUGCCAGCAUGCCUCCUCCACGGAGGAAUGGCAAGAACCUCUGCUUCAUAAUCAUGGCAGCUGUCCUCCUCCUUUUGAUCGGGUUUCUGAUUGGCUACUUGAGUUAUCGUGGACGAAUGCAGAGGGUUAACAGGUGUCUGGAUGGAAGUGGCAACUGCGAGAUGACUCCUACUGCAUCCUACUUCUCAGACGAUGGAAUGGAGGAAGAAGAGGCUCCUGGACCACAUAUCUUAUACUGGCCUGAAUUCAGAAAAAUGUUGUCAUCUAAACUGUCAGCUACACGCCUUGAGGCCAACCUGAGGCAAAGAGAAGGUAAGAAUUCUUUUGAAGCUGGCAAAGUUGAAGAUGAGAGCACUGCCAGCUACAUUCAUGAGCAGUUCACCAGCUUCCGCUUGGAUGACGUGUGGAACGAUGAGCACUACGUUAGGCUGCAGGAUAAAGGCAGUAGCGAGAACCAAGUGUUCAUUAUAGAAAAUGGUCAAGAAGUGCUGGAGAGUCCUGAUGCAUAUGUGGCAUACAGCAAGAGCGGCACAGUUACUGGCAAACCCAUCUAUGUGAACUAUGGACGGAAAGAAGAUUUUCAGAAGAUACGAAAUAUGCAUGUUUCAAUGAAUGGAGCUAUAAUCAUCUUCAGAGCUGGAAAAAUAACACUUGCUGAGAAGGUUGCAAAUGCCAGAAAAGAAGGAGCAGUUGGUGCCCUGAUGUACCUGGGCCCCUCAAAAAACAAGAAGGCAGAUUCAUAUGCCCCCUUUGGACAUGCCCACCUUGGAACUGGAGACCCUUUUACCCCAGGCUUCCCUUCUUUCAACCACACCCAGUUCCCACCAGUGGUAUCUUCUGGACUACCUCAAAUUCCUGUUCAAACUAUCUCUAGAGGAGCAGCAGCCAAACUGUUUGGAAAAAUGGAUGGAGAAAAAUGCCUUGAGGAGUGGACAGCUGAUAUCAUGGGAUGUAAGGUGACAGUGAGCAGCAGCAGCAAGAUGACAGUGAAACUGACUGUGAACAACGUUAUGGUGGAUAGGAAGAUUCUGAACAUCUUUGGUGUUAUCAAGGGAUUUGAAGAACCAGAUCGGUACGUUGUGCUCGGAGCCCAGAGAGAUUCUUGGGGGCCAGGAGCAGCCAAGGCUGGAGUUGGCACUGCCAUCUUGUUGGAACUUGCCCAUGUGAUCUCAGACAUGGUGAAAAAUGAUGACUACAAACCACGGCGCAGCAUUAUCUUUGCUAGCUGGAGUGCGGGAGAGUACGGAGCUGUGGGUGCUACCGAGUGGUUGGAGGGGUACUCCACCACGCUGCAUGCCAAAGCCUUCACUUAUAUCAACUUGGAUACUGCAGUCCUGGGCUCCAGAGAUAUUAAGAUUUCUGCUAGCCCAUUGCUGUACUCAUUGUUGGAGACAACUAUGAAGAGGGUAAAGGACCCCGCAAAUGAUUCGAGAUACCUGUAUGACAGAGUUGGCUCUGACUGGAUAAAGAAAGUUGUUCCCCUUGAUCUGGAUAAUGCAGCGUUCCCUUUUCUGGCCUACUCAGGAAUCCCAGUGGUUUCCUUUGGUUUCUACAAUGAAGGUGACGAGUAUGCCUUAUUGGGCACUAGUGAGGACACUUUGGCUAACCUGAAAGAGAAGACUGACAAGUUGUAUCCUCUCAUGUGUACUGCUGCAGAAGUUGCCGGACAAAUAGCUCUCAGACUGACCCAUGACCAUGAGCUCUUCCUGGACCUUGACAGAUACAGUGACGAAUUGCUGUCAUUCCAGGAGAAGCUUUGGCACUUCAAUGCCAAUGUGAAGGAACUGGGGCUGACCUUGAACUGGCUGUAUUUUGCCCGUGGAGACUUCCAGCGAGCUGCAGAUACACUGAGAAAAGACAUCGAAAACAGUGACAGGGAAAACAGGAUUGUCCGCAGAGCCCUGAAUGACAGGAUGAUGAAGGUGGAAUACGACUUCCUCUCUCCAUACCUCUCACCAAAAGAUGCUCCCUUCCGCCACAUCUUCUUCGGCAGAGGCAGCCACACCCUGCAGAGUCUGCUGGAGAACCUGGAGCAGCUGGCAGUCAACAAGACCAGCGUGAAUGUGAACGAGCUGAAAGAGCAGCUGGCCCUGGCGACCUGGACCAUUAAAGGGGCUGCCAAUGCUUUAGUGGGCGAUAUCUGGAAUACAGACAACGAAAUCUAGACACAGCAAACACCUGGAUUACCCAUCUAAGGUACAGGAGAGCUCUGUGCUCUCACAGGGAGCAUAGCUUCCUUCCUGGCCCCAAUCCCAGCAAAGGGUCUUGCUGUGUAGAUCUAGUUCCACCUGUAGCAACACACACAAACUCCCCAAACUCCCUGUACCUCAGAUUAGGCAUUGGCAUGAUUUUUAAAUGGCAGCUUCUUGCAGAUUUCCAGUACCUUAUAUAUCGUAAAACCUAACCAAACCCCCUGAAACAUAAGUGAAACCCACUCCUUAACAUGUCAUUACUUUCCUGUAGAUAUUCUGGCAACAAAAUGUUUUUGACCAAAGUUGAGCAUAAAAUUUAAAUCUCACCUUGGAGACAGUUUUAAAGCAGUACUAAGAUUACCAUGAAGUCUCCUCUGACCAGACUCCCACCUAACCACAGUCCAAACCGGUCAUAUACAGCUGCUCCAUUGUACUUAAAAACUAAGAGCUCAGGUGUUUCCUGAACUGGUACCUUGAGUGGGGAGGUACCUCAUCUAUUCAAGCUUUUAAUUGUUGACCACCUAAACCUAGUGACAAAACAGAAUGGAAUCCUCUGAACAUUUGUAACAAGGAUCCCUUCUCUGGCAGGAAGCUGCAGAGAGCUGCAGUUCAAAAAUUAAACAAUGUAGUAAUAGCCCACAAGUGCUGGAUUAUCAGCAAGCUCUCAAGUGCCUGCCUAUCUUUACUCAAUAGCAGGGUCCCAGUGACAUCUUGCAGGCUUGCUUCUGCCAAGGCAGGUAUCAAUUCCCCGGGAAAAUGACCCAAAGAUUAUCCAAUGUCCCCUUGAUAUCCUCAGCUGGCACCUCAGCAAGUCCUGCAGCGCUGAGAAAUGUCUUUAGGCUGGCACUUCAGACCUUGCUGCUCAGGGGCCUUGUGUGAAAUCGAGUCUCUUGCUGGCCAAACUCUGUUUGACUGAUGUCAUUUUGCAGGUUGGCUCUUGUUUGGCACUGAGAUAUUUAUUUCUUUAUUUAUUUAUCAGUGACAGUGUUCACUAUAAAUGGUGUGGUUUUUUUAUAGAAGAUAAUUAUCGGAAGCAGUGCCUUCCAUAAUUAUGACAGUUAUACUGUCGUUUUUGAAUAAAGCAGCAUCUGCUAUUACAAUCAAACAUGAUACUGGAACUUUGCAUUUAAAAUAAUCAAAACAAGACCCUCAAAGUUUUGGAAAACUAGCAAUUAAGCUUUCUGUGGCGAAAACACCCCUCUGGAAGAAACUUGAAGGCGCAAACCUGGUAGUGAGUCUCCAGGUUGCGCUCCAAAGUAAUCCUUGAAAUGAUGAAAACCUGGGUGAAAAUUCCAAUACUAGAAAUUUGUCUUCCUUGCAGGGUCUGUGCCCCUCUGUGGGCUUCAGACUUCUUCCUGCUCCCCUUUCUGGGUGCAUGUGCUCUCACAGGGAGCACAGCUUCCUUCCUGGCCCUGGUCCCAGCAGAGGGCUUUGCCACAGAUGGAACUAAGGCCAGCCCUAGUUCCACCUGUGGCAACACACAGAAGCUCCCUCUACAUCAGAUUAGCCAUUGGCAUGAUUUUUAAAUGGCAGCUUCCUGCAAACUUCCAGUACCUUAUGUAUCAUGAAACCUAAAUGACAUUAUCGGGGGCAGUGUCUCCCAUAAUGUGUAAAGAACAAGGUAGUUUUUGCCUACCACAGUGUUAUAUCGGAGGCAGUGACCUCCAUAUGUUGCACUAUGGGUGUACGUAAUUAUCGGGGACAGUGUUUCCCAUAAUUGUUCUAUGCUUAUCACGCAAUAUCAUCUGCGAAGCUUGAUAGUUAGUAUCUAACAUGGAUUAAUUUCCUGCAGUCUUAUUUUUUCACUCUCCUGUGGUGAUGCAGAUACAAUCUUUAGUCUGUUAUGUACAUCCUUAGACAGUUCCUUCUCCAUAGGCUGAACUGUUUCAAAUAGCUGUGCUGUCUUGAAUUGGCUUCCUGCCUUCAGUCACCAGAGUGGUGCUUGAGUGUUUAGUGGAAACUAGGCUAGUUAGACUGUGUGCUCUGUGGUGUGCUCUUCAAAUCAGUUACAAAGACCUGAGGAAUUAAAGGUGAAUGUAGGCUUGGGGCUGACAGCUGUCUGGAGGGUUCUGGUCACUGCUCUGGAUGGGUGCAUGUAACACUUUGAGAGGCUGGCCUGCUGUGGCACCGGGAGGGUGCUGGUGUGUGUGCAUGGGCUGCUCACUCUCCAGUUCUGGCUGGAAAUUCCAGUCUUUCCCCCUUGGGUGUUGGAUGGAGGGAAAGUCAGUGUCAGCUUUCUAAUGGUGCUGCUCUGCUGUGUGACCUGAAGCUGAGCACUGCUGAUGUGUGACACCUGCUAAACUGUGCUGCCUGUUCCCAGGGGCUGUUGCCAGCCCUGUACUUUGCAGUUUGAUCUGGCAUUUAAACCUAACCCUCAGCUUAGUUUUAACAUAAACUCUGCAGUUUGAUCUGGCAUUUAAACCUAACCUGAGCAAGUGACCUGAGCCCCAGCAGUAGUCCUUGAGGGAAAGAACACUGUUCAGCUGGAGCUCUGCAAGGAAAGGGCAGGGAUUGGCCCCCAGCCUGGUUACUGAGCUCAGUGUUCACCAGCUUGGAGGGCUGGAUUUUCAUCGGUCUCUAGAAACCUGAUGCCCAGGCUUGUGCAACUUGUUGCUCUUCCUUAACUUCUCUUAACUCUCUAACUUCCUACAGCCCUGUCUGUGUUAGUGUUUUCUCUGACAUUCUAGUUUCUAGUGACAUUUCUUUGGAUGGCAUCUAAGAGCUGCUGUCUGGGAGUCCUCACUGUGGUGUUUGCAUGCAUCUUGAUGUCAAACUUAACCUUGUGCUUUAUAGCCGGCAGAGAGAGACAAAAGACAAAGCUUAUCUCCUGGCUAGGCAGCACAGCCGUGACUACUGGGAUGUUGGGAUGCCUUGCUCAGUGCUGGCAUCUGACUGCUGUGGCAUGCUAAACUGUUUCUGGAUUUACCUGCUGUUUGCUUGAAUAAAGUAUUUUUGAAGCUUGAACACUCAGCUUCUCUUGUGGGGUUCUGGAUUACCUGCUGUCUGCUUUAAUAAAGAUGUUGAAGCUUGAA